UCCAUAAUAUAUCUCGCGCCGACCAGUCAACAACCCACGUCCACUUCCUUCCACCUCUCUCCACAACACUCAGCGCGACAACGACCUCCACGAUGUCGUCUCUCGUCCAGAUCACCUCGCUGGAGCAAUUCAGCUCACUUAUAAACUCCUCUGCCUUUGUUGUGGCCGACUUCUACGCGGAUUGGUGCGGACCAUGCAAAGCCAUCGCCCCUGCGUACGAGCAGCUGGCCUCGCAGCUGUCGCGCCCGAACCGGAUCACAUUCACCAAGAUCAACGUCGACAAUAACCAGGAUAUUUCUCGGCAGUAUGGGAUUACGGCAAUGCCCACCUUCGUCCUUUUCGAACACGGCCGCCGCACCUCCACCGUCCGCGGCGCCAACCCCAAAGAACUCAACGAGCUGGUCCGCAAACUCGCCACGGAGGCCAAGAAAACGCCCGAGUCGAGCGGCACCUCUGUCGGCGAAUCCAGCGGCGUUGGUUGGAACGGGGCUGCCGUGCCCAAAGGCUACAGUGACAUUACGGACCAAUACGACCCGAAGGGCCUGGAAUUGCUGAACCGGGACAGUGAGUUUGGGACGGCCAAGACGCUUUUCGAUAGUUCGAAGCCCUCGUCGCUUAACAACAAUGGGAAGGGGAAGGCCGGUGGAGCCCCGGAUUGGGUGGAGAGUGAUACGGAUGAGCAGUUGAUGUUGUUUAUUCCGUUUCAGUCUACGUUGAAGGUGCAUUCGUUGCAGGUUACGUCGUUGCCGCCGAAGGAGGCUGAGGAUGGGGAUGAUGAUGAGGUGCCGAUGAGGCCGAAGACGGUGCAGUUGUAUACGAACCGGUCGCAUGUGUUGGGAUUUGAUGAGGCGGAUGAUAUUCCGGCGGUGCAGAAGGUGGAAAUUCAGCCGGAGGAUUGGGAUCCGAAGACGGGUACGGCCAAGAUUGAUCUGCGGUUUGUCAAGUUCCAGAGUGUGAUGUCGUUGGUGAUUUUCUUUGUGGAUGGGGAUGGGGAUGGAGAGAAGUUGAGGGUGGAUCGAGUGAGGAUCUUUGGGGAGGCGGGUGAGAAGAGGGAGAUGGGCAAGUUGGAGAAGAUUGGUGAUGAGCCUGGGGAGUAAACUACAGUAGACUCUACAGUAGUAUACUCGGGAUACACUGAACUGUAUACACCAGGAGCAAGCAGAAGUACAAAUUACUCAUGCGGUAGAUUAGUCAAGCACUCACUACAUGCCGUACAAACGUUCAUAAUGAAACACAACACUGAUAUACACAUCCAAA